ACAAAUGCCACUUAGUCAACAGCUGACCCACUUUGCCGGCUCUAACGGUGGUCACACAGACAGCUCUACAAAUCCAGGAGGAGAAAGCAGAUGUCUCCAAUAUCAGUUUUAGCACAAGGGUAUUCGCUACGCCCACCCAUUUGGACACCCAACUUGUCAAAUCGACAACUUGGUAGGCUUUCAAGCUGUGUCAGUGGCAGAGGCAAAUUGUUGACGAAUGGGAACAAAUAUGUGUUAGUUUCCAACCUCUCCAGACCCCAAACGUUCAGGAUUAGAAGCUUUUCACAGGAAGAUGCAGAAAAUAAUGAGGUUGCAAUGUCUAAUGACAAUCUGGAUGGGCAAAAUGUGACUGCAGAUGAGCUGCUUGGAAAUGUUAAAAAUGUUCAAAUUAGUACAGAGAGUUCAUUUCUCGCUAAAAUAGCAAUUGCACUAGGCAUAGCAGCAACAAUCACUCUAAUAUCUGUAGGCAUCAAGGGUCCCCCCACUAUUGGGUCAUCAAAUGGAUUUCAGUUCCUCCCAGAAAGUGCAACCUCUUCAGUAAUGGCUGCAGCCCCGGUCGGUUUCACUGUCAAAGCUUUUGGGUAUAGCAUCGUUCUUCCAGCAAAUGCACCAGGGUGGAUCUACUUUUGGUUGCUUAUGGCUGCAGGCUGUGGACUUUUCAUUAGUGAAGAGGCUCUAAAUAUUUGGGUUGGCAUAUCUUUGGCUCGAAUGGUGUCUUUGGAUGGAACAUGGCAGUCGUUCGCUGAAUCUUUCUCAAGAAAUGCUCCAUACAUUAUAUCCACAACUCUUUGGGUGUAUUGGGGAGUAUGCAUUAGUGAUCUGAUACCAUUUUAUCUUGGGAAGCUAUUUAGGAAAUCCAGGACCUCUGAUGAUAUUUUGUCAAAGUUAGGGAUUGGAAAAGAGAAAGCUUUAAGCAUUACCUCUGAAGUGCAAAGAUAUGGCAACCUCAUUGGGUUUGUUGAACGAUUUUCCCUUGGAGUCAGAAAUCCAACAGCUUUUGUAGCAGGGGCCUUGGGUAUCUCUUCAGAGUGUUUCUUUGCUGGUGUUUGUUUUGGUGGUUUGAUCACCCUUCCCGUCCAGUUGUUGAUAGGAUUCUUCUUGAGGGAGCGCCCUGUCUUUGCCCUUGCUACUGUUGCAACAGCAGUGGGCAUUUGGACCGUCUUCCCUUAUCUUGUGGCUGCAUCAACAGCAUUGUUCCUUUACCUGAGACGCCAUUACUCUCCAUAGUCAGAAUGGAUUCCCAGAUAUAGAGGAUAGAAGCUACUCUAUGUAUAUAACUAUAUAUACAGAAAAAUUACUGUGAUUAUUUUUUGGAGAAAGAUCCAAUAUAAAAUUUGCUAUUGGACACAUUGUAGAUAUAAGUUGUCAUAAUAGACUUUAACAUGAA